AGACGCACAGAUUACCAUGAACGUAAUUUUUUGACAUCAAAAUUCAAAACCUCAAACCACCUCACCACCUCCUCUUACUACUACGUAUGAUUCGGGUUGAAGAAAGCUCUUUAUAGCUAGCAGCAGAACAUUAACAGCCCGCCGAGUACGUGGCCUAAACCUGCUGCUUCCUUUCCAUGACCCUAACCAACUACUCUCCCCCACCAAAACACACACCACACCGCCAUCACUCUCUCUCUCUCUUUCUCCCGUCACCUUUCUGCACAUCGGCCUGACAGCGCCAAAAACCAUCCCCUCAUCAUCACCACCUCCCUCUACAUCUCAUCCAUCUCUCUUAUCUUUGCUUUUCAGUCCGAUUGUGUAUUUCAGUAGUUGUUAUACACAGUUCUUGCUUCUGUCUGUUGUAUGUUUGUUUGUAAUCCGCAGCAGGGUUGAAUUUGUGGGCCUGUUUUAGAGGAAUAAAUCAUGGGGAGGGUGAAACUCCAGAUCAAGAAGAUUGAGAAUACAACAAACAGGCAGGUCACUUUCUCCAAGAGGAGAAAUGGACUAAUCAAGAAAGCCUAUGAGCUUUCUGUACUUUGUGAUGUUGAUGUUGCUCUCAUCAUGUUUUCCCCUUCAGGCAGAGUUAGCAUCUUCUCAGGAAACAGAAGUAUCGAAGAGAUUAUGGCAAGAUACGUGAAUCUUCCAGAGCAUGAACGAGGAAGGCUACAAAACCAAGAGUAUCUACAAAGGGCUCUUGGGAAGUUGAAAUCUGAGGCAGACAGAAAUUAUCAGGCGGCUACCAGCAGUCCCGGCAUGAACGAUUCUCAAGUCGAGGAGAUUCAGCAAGAAAUGCUCAAGUGCAAGUGCCAGCUUGAGGAUAUGGAGAAAAAACUAAGGAUAUAUGAAGUCGAUCCGUCUGAAAUCAUUUCGUUGUGUGAGGCUGAAUAUAGGGAGCAAGUUCUUGAAGAGAACCUGAAGCAGGUCAGGGUGCGCAAGCAUGUUCUUCAGGACCAGUACAAUUCCCCUGCUGCACAAACGUCACAGGUGAUGAAUUUGGGUUCGGAGGCUACGGAUAUAAAUGUCUUGGCCGCCCGAAAUCCAGAUAAUGUAUUGGACUGGCUGCCGCAAAGGGAUCCGCAAGUCCAAAUCCUCAAUUUCUUGGACUCGAAUGGACUGCUUCCACUUAGGGAUCAGCCCCAACGUAUUGAUGGCAUUCUACAACAGUCCCUGACGCUUGUUCAUGCACCUAGCGUGCACGUGCACAAUCAUUUGAGUCCGAGCAGGAGCAUGGAAGACGAUGCGCAGCGACCUGAGUUUGGGCAGGUGAUCGAUGUCAAUCUUUCGCCGUGGGCCGAAUUGUAUCCAGCAGGAAAUGAUCCUUUCCCGACGGCGCAGCCCAGAGAACGAGCGCUUCUUGAACAGUUUCUAUCUCAGCUCACACCUGUCAAUCAAGACCAUAUUUGAGAUUUCAACAUUAAUAUUUAAGUGUACCCAAAUAAGAUCUUUUAAUGACUCUUUGGAUAUAUUGCAAUAAUGAGGUCUUUCAAGUUUUUCAA